AUGGAGGAACAACAAAAUGGGGUUGACUCUCCGGCCACAACGUUCAGCAAUGUAAGUUCAUAUUUUUAUCUGUAAUAUUGGUCUUUAGGUAUCAUAUUUGGGCUCAUCCACAGUGGCUGAUCCAACUAACGAAGCAGAAGUAUCUCAGAUUAUAUCUCAGCUGAAUGAAGGCAUGAAAAGUGGUGCAAUGAAUGUUAAAGUAGCUGUACCUACACAUUUUAGUGGGCAGAUAGGGUAGGCUUUGACAAAUCGGCUCUUUAGUUAUGAAAAUUUAAAAUUUAGACUCUUUUGAAGAUUUUAGAUAACAACAUGUUUUAAUAGAUUCUUGAAGAAAGCAUUAAACAAGAUAUAGAUAAUUUAAGACGGAUCAUUGCAGUUAGUCAAGAGUUUAGGUAACAAGCACUCAAAAAAUAAAGGUUUUAGGUAGUAAUUGGUCUUGUUAAAGAUUUUAGGUACCACAAUUAUUUUAUAAAACUAAUAAUACAAUAUUUUUAGGCUGAUAGACGGAGAGACAGAACAGCUCAUUCGGGAGUUCAAUAUUGCUCAGAUCAGAUGUUGUACUUGUGGAUUGAGAGGGACGAAACAGCAAGAAUGUAUUGCAUUCUCUUUUACUCAAAACUUUGGAAAGAAAGAUGCUUCACAUCAAUGUCACGUGUUCCGAUGCCAAUCUGCUCAGGCUGUAUGUUAUAUAGCGUUCUUACAUUGUUUAGUUUUGUCAAUGAGUUGAAAGUUGUAAUUGAUCGAAACGUUAAUUUAUGCUGUUAUAGGUUGGCCACAUGCUUCAAUGUUUUCAAAAAGUAUUCGAAAGUAAAAACCCAUCAGCCCCAGGGGUUAGUUAUGAAGAAGAACACGAGUUUUCUAUGUACCUAGAGGUCAAGGUAAGUCAAUCUUACUUUAUAUUGUUUUAACUUUAGGUAUUGUUUUUGGAUUUGUUAAGAAACUGCGCUGUGUCAUAAAGAGUUGAAAUGGUUGAAGACUGACUUUAAAUUAACAUAAUUUCAGGAAGACGAUGACAACGAAGCUGGCUUUAUCUUUUCUCCAGUCGAAACGAACUGUUUCAAGUUUCGAAAAGACAGAAAACGCAAGUUUGUGGCAGUAAUCAAGCAGACCAAAGGGCCCAGAGAUCUGUGUAUCAGAAAAUGUUUUGGGUUUCUAUUGGCAGCUGGAAGGUAUCUGAGAGAAAGUGACAUGCAGCUACUUGAUUCGCAGGAGUCUCAGCAACUAGACAACAACACCGUCUAUCAAGUAGAAGCACCUUGGAAUCCAAGAGCACGCAAUUUUGAGGUUUUGAAUAUCGAAACGCCUAAGGGUAGGUUCUGGAGAAAAUGAAAUAGUUACUUAAUACGUUAUAAAGUUGUUAAUUUUAAAUCCGAUGGAUCUUCUUAUGAAUUUCUUCACAUCACAAGGCAAUCAAAAAUUAAAAAUGAUAUACUUACUCCUUCAGAAACCCGUGCCUUCAUGACAGUAGCAGUAGAUGUCAUCUUUGAUGGUGUGGACGAAUCUGUGAGGUUCAGUAUGGAGUGUCGGGCUCGCGUUGUUCAUCAGAUGGAGAGUUUCCCCUUCUCGCCUCGUGUUCCGGUCGUCGAGAGUUUCUUCAUGAAGUUGAUGGUAGGCGUUAAUCUGUUUCUUUUUCUGUUUGUUUAUCAAAAACAACGUUUGUUUCUGAUUUAUUGCUCUUUCGGAGCGUUAAGGGCUUUAUUGUUAUACAAAAUUUAAUUUAAAACAUAAUUUAACGAUUUAAAAUGUUUUUAUAUUGAAUUUACUGACUUUUAAGGGUUUUGUUGUUGUUAUUGUGAAGUUCGAUUUUUAGAAAUUUUUGAUAAAAGUUUUAAAAACAAACGCAAAAGAAGAUUUUUUGUUAAAAACUAAUGUCUUUUUUAACAAAAAUAAGAUAAGUAAGGGAUGGUAUGGUGAUUCGAAACUCUGAAAGAUAAAAGAUUUUUGAUAUGAUCAGUUGAUUAUAUUGAGUUUCAGGUGGUUGACGGAAAGUCGAAAAUCACAAGUUUCGAGUCGGCGGCGCAAAGAGACCGCUCCCAAGGGAUGGCUAAUGGAAAAUCAUUAGAGAAGAUGCCCAUCCAACUUAUUCAUCCUACUAAUGAUGACGAGUCCGGUAAGGCUUGAAUAUUAAAUAUAAAAAGGAUGAUAAUGGUCUUUAAGUUGCUUUAUUUGUUUUACAAUUUUAAUUUUUAGAUCUAAGGUAAUCAAAUUGUACUAAAGGCCGGUGAAGGCUAUAUUGCUUUUAAGGUUGGAAAAACAUUAUUAUUUUAUUAAUAUAUAGUUACUGUAUUACAGACAGCGACGAACCUCUACUCUCCGGAUCUGGUGCCGUAAAUCGAGAAAUCAGCGAAGAAGUCCUCAAAGAAUGGAACGAAAUGAUUGUAGUCUGGUCCUCGAACCCAGAAGAGUAAGUGCCAACCCUUAUUAUGCCAUUUCCAGACGCCCACAAGUCCUGUCAGAACUGAUGUUAUCCAAUGGAGGUAUCCCUGACGUCUUACGAGAGAAAGUGUGGCCAUUAUUAUCCAAAGCCGUGAUCGAUAUUGAACUAGAACAAACGUAUCACUUGUUGUUGGAGAAGGACGCUGUAGCCGAGCAGGUUAUUUUGAGAGAUAUUCACAGAACAUUUCCUGCACAUGAUUACUUUAAGAAGGCCAACGGAGAGGGGCAGUCGAGGUUGUACAAGAUAUCCAAAGCCUACUCUUUGUACGAUGAAGAAGUCGGCUAUUGCCAGGGACUAUCGUUCUUGGCUGCUGCUUUGUUGUUACAUGUAAGUCAUUAAUAGUUCUGUCUUUGAUGAAUUUUGAUUUAUCUUUGAUUUAGUAAGGAGCAUUACUUCAAUAUGGUUAUUUCUCUUUAUACUAUCUAUAUCUGAUUUUGUAGAUGAGCGAAGAGAAGUCCUUCUGUGUGUUGGUCAGAAUCAUGUACAACUACGAGUUGAGAGACCUGUUCAAGUUAGGCUUCGACGCUCUUCACUUGAGGUUCUACCAGUUGCAGAAGUUGAUCGAGUACUAUGUUCCUGACCUUUACCGCCACUUCUCUGACAAUAACGUGGAGACCCACAUGUAUGCGUCACAAUGGUUUCUGACGUUAUUCACGGCCAAAUUCCCUCUUCAGAUGGUCUUCUACAUCAUUGAUUUGUUUCUGGCGGAGGUAAGGGCGUUUUUAAUUCUGGUAAUUAAACUGAUGGUAUCUUAUUGAUUUAUGCAUUCUUUUUGUGCUCGAAGGUAAUCGUUUAUAGUAUUAAUUAAAUUUUUAAAAUAUAAGCUUUCAUUUCAGGGUAUCAACACUAUUUUCCAUGUUGCAGUGGCUUUGCUACAAGAUACGAAGUCAGACUUGCUGAGGCUUGACUUUGAAGGGAUUCUGAAGUAUUUCAGAGUAACGUUGCCAAGAAGGUAUCGUUCCGAAGCCGUGGCCAAGGAAUUGAUUGUGAAAGCUGUCAAUCUCAAGGUAAUCAUUUCUUUUAAACAUUUGCAAUGUUCUUUACAAUGUGAUUUCAAUUAAAUUUGGAAAUAAGUUUGGUUUUAUAUUGUUAUUCUUCAGAUUUCGCACAAGAAGUUGACAAAGUACGAGAAGAUGUUCAGAGAAGCAAAACAGAACGAACUCGAGACUCUCGACCCCAAGGACAGACUGGAAAGAGAAGUUACAACCCUCAAGAAUACAGUAAUGAGGUUGGAAAGAGAGAACGAUGACUUGGCCAGAGAAUUGGUGACCAGUAAGAUCGACCUCAGAAAUAGAUUGGACUUGGUGAGUUUGGAUUCAAGCUUAUAAACUGUUUGAUUACAACUCACUGUUAGCAGUAAAAUAAUAUCGUAAAGGUUGUAAUAUCGUAAAGGUACCAAUUGUUGUGUUUAUAGACCGAGGACAAGCUGGAACAAUGUGUUAUGGCCAAUCAGCGCAAAGCCAACGAAUGCAAAGACCUUCAGGAUGAGAUUUCCGUUCUAAGGGAGCAAUCUGUAUUGGUAAUUUAUCUUAACAUAAAGCACAUUUCUAUUAGCUUAUAGGUAAUCAUGUUACCGAGGUUCUUAAAAUUUGUAAAACUUUAUAGUAUUAUAUAUAUUUCUCUAAUUAUUUUUUGGUUUUAGCUGAAAGAGACAUGCACAAAUGAGAUGGACCGUCUACAAGGAAUGCUCGGCCGAUAUGAUACAGUAUGCGGACUAUUUGAAGCUGACAGAAGUGAAUGUCGGAACAAGAUCAAAGGCCUCGAGAAGUGUGUAGCCGGCUGUCCGAAGUGUAAGAAAGAGCUGGGCAAGGUAGAGGAACUCUUCAAAGUGGUAUCACUGGAGAGAGACAUUCCAGUACUAGACAACUCUGUUCAUGGUGACAAGGUCAAUGGCAAGAGGACCGAACAUGGCAAAGGUGUCUAUGGGGAACAGGUAAGCAAUAUCAACAUAAAUCUAAAUGGUUUUAAUUACUGGCGUGUAGAUUUUUUCUUUUAUAAAGUUGAGUGUACCUGUAGUUUAAAAUAAUUGCUACCAUAUUAACAAUACUGUUCCAGAGCACCAAGUACCUUAUGGAUCUAGUAGCUGAAUACGAAAAGAGCUUGAAGCACGUGGAAUCUGAAUUAGUGGAAACAAAAUUAGCAUUGGUCGAGGCACAGUGCCAGAAUCAAGGACUAGUACACCAAGUAGGUUUUUGUAAAAUUAUGAGAUAGUGGACUUUUCAACAUGGAUAACAUGUCUGUUUUAUAUUAAUGUAAAGGAUGAAAAGAGAAAUUUUUACAUAAAUCAAUCUUCAGAUGUCAGCCCGAAGCCAGAACUCUUCAGAUUCAGCCUGGCUGAAGAAGACACUUUCCUCCAUCAAAGAAGUCGGCAUGUCCAUCAAGAACAACGGAGCACAUGCAGAGUAA